AUGAAAAAUACACUAAUUUUAAUAACUUUUGAUGAAAAUGAAUCUUACGACAAAAAGAAUAAAGUCUGGGCAUUAUUGUUAGGAGGAGCUAUUGACAAAUCACAUUUCAAUACUAGUGAUAAUACUUACUACACUCAUUACUCAGAACUAUCAACGAUCGAAAAUAAUUGGAGUUUACAUACUCUAGGAAGAAAUGAUACUAACAUCAAUGGGAAUGCUAAUAUAUUUCAAGUUCUUGCCCAAAGAUCGGACUAUACUAAUAAAUAUGUUGAUACAGAAAACCAAUACUUUAAUAAACCAAUUCCUGGUUACUUCAGUGGGUAUAGGGAACUUCCAGGUGUUAAUUGUUCAGCAAUUGGUACUGGCGGAAAAGGAGUGUCAACAGAAAUCAAGAAAAACUGGUGCAACAAUCAAACCAGUAUAAAUUCCUUUAAUUCUUCACAUAAUUCUAGUAAUACGUCGAGUAGUAAUAGCUGUGGAGAUAUUCUGAGAAUUUCUUUGUAUCUUAUUUUAAUUCUUGUAGUUAUAUGUUGA